CUAAUUAAUAUAAUGAGAUUAGGUUAAUUUUGGAAUUAAAAAAAUAAAAAAACAUGGUGUAUUUGGGAAAUAGUGGCUCUCUGCCCAAAGUACACAGUACAUUGUCUCUCUCUUAAACCUGUCCUAUGCAGCUAUGCUUUGCUCUUCUUCACUCACCACAUUCCAAAACUCAAACUCAAAAUCCCAAACCCAAACUCAAACCUAAAUCUUCAACUUCAACUUUCGGAUCAAAUCAAUGUAAGUACAGAUCUUUUUUAACCAUAACAAGAAGAUGAACAACAUCAAGUUACUCCAACCUCUGUCAUUUUCAGUCAAAUAAAUAAACUUAUUAUAUCUUUCCUUUUCAUACUUCUGUUUUAUUAUUAACCUUAACUUUAGUUUAAUAUCACUUCAAACCCCAAAACCCAAAGAAAUCUCUUUUUCUCCACUUAAAAACUCAGACCCAACAGAAGAAGAAGAAGAGGGUUCUUUUCUGCCAUUAAUGAAAGCUUGAAACUUCAAAACCCAAAGAAGAAGAGAAAGUUGAGUUUUUUAUUUCAAGCUUCAAACAGAAGAAACCCCUCCUCUUCAGUUCUGCCAUUAAUGAAAGCUUGAAGAAGAAGAAGAGGGUUCUGUUCUGCCAUUAAAGAUUGGAUUUUUAUUUGUUCUUCAUCAAAUCAAAUCAAAUAAAAUCAUGGGUUGUUGUUACUCAAGAAUAGAGAGAGAAGAAACAGUUAGUCGAUGUAAAUCUCGAAAGAGAUACAUGAAACACUUAGUCAAAGCUCGUCAAGCCAUGUCAGCAUCUCACACAAUGUAUCUUCGUUCUCUCCGAACAACUGGCUCAGCUCUUCUUCACUUCGCCAAUGCAGAAACCCAUCUCCAUCUCCAUCUCCAUCUCCACCACCACCACCGCCCACCGCCACCGCCGGUAAACCCAUCACCAUCUCCACCACCGCCACAAAUCCCAAUGAGCCCAAGUUCUGACACGUGGACAUCAGUAACAGCUUCCCCUGCUCUUCCUCCUCCUCCUCCGCCGCCGCCUCCACCGCCGCCGGCUCCGUCAUCGACUUGGGAUUUCUGGGACCCUUUUGUCCCUUCUUCGUCGCGGUCGGUGACUGAGGAAGAAUGGGAUGACGGAACCACGGUGGCUGUGACGGUCACCGGAGCGGCGAGUACGGCGGCACCGCCUUCUGUUGUGAGUGGAUUUUCGAAGGAGAGUUCGAGUGAGUUGGCUAUGGUGGUUUCGAGGAAUAGUAAGGAUUUAGUUGAGAUUAUUAAAGAGCUUGAUGAGUAUUUGCUUAAAGCUGCUGAGGCUGGUUCUCAGCUUUCGGCAUUGUUGGAAGUUCCGAGCUCUGGUUUUUCUACUCAGAGCAACAAUGGAGGUAAGGUUUAUAACUAUGGUUGGAGCUUGAGUCCAUCUUCAUGGUCAUGGGGUUCAAAUCCCAAGCUUUAUGGAGGAGGAGUAGUCCAAAGUAAUAUUUUCAAUCAUAAUAUUGGAAAUUUCAAUAAUAAUAAUAAUAUUAAUGGGAGUCAUUGUUCUACUAUCGAGAGACUUUAUGCUUGGGAAAAGAAACUAUUUGAAGAAGUUAAGGGUGUGGAGACCAUAAAAAAAGAACAUGAAAAGAAAAUGUCAAUUUUGAAGAAGCUAGAAAUGAAGAGAGGUGAUUAUAUGAAGACUGAGAAGACAAAGAAAGAAGUUGAGAAAUUGGAGUCAGAAAUGAUGGUUUCUUCUCAAGCUAUUGAGUCAACUUCUACUGAAAUAAUUAAACUCAGAGAGACAGAGUUACAUCCUCAGCUUAUUGACCUAGUCAAAGGAUUAAUGUGCAUGUGGAGGAGCAUGUAUGAGUGCCACCAAGUUCAGAAACAUAUUGUCCAACAACUCAAAUACCUCAAUGCCAUCCCGUCCACCGAACCAACUUCCGAGCUUCACCGCCAAUCAACACUCGAGCUCGAGCUUCAAGUACAACAAUGGCAUAUGUCAUUUUGCAACAUGGUUAAAGCUCAACAAGAUUACAUCCAAUCCCUCACGGGAUGGCUCCGACUUAGCCUCUUCCAAUUUAACAAAAAUCCACUCUCGAGAACCGGUCAAGAAUCGAAAAUCUACUCUCUUUGUGAAGAAUGGCAUCUCGCAAUUGAUCGCAUUCCCGACAAAGUAGCUUCCGAGGGAAUCAAGAGCUUCUUAACGGUGAUCCACGCCAUUGUUGUUCAACAAGCGGAGGAACAUAAACAAAAGAAGAAAUCAGAAGCUGUGUUUAAAGAACUCGAGAAAAAGGUAGCGAACCUUAGAUCAUUGGAAUCCAAGUACGGCCCUUACUCGGUGCCUGAAUCCUCGGGUGGUGUUUCUAGAAGAAACCCGGUAGCUGAGAAGCGAUUAAAGGUGGAAAUGUUGCGAGCUAAGGCAGAGGAAGAGAAAACGAAACAUGAAAAGGCAGUGAGCGUGACAAGGGCCAUGACACUAAAUAACUUGCAGAUGGGAUUGCCUCAUGUUUUCGAGGGAAUGGUGGGGUUUUCGAGCGUGUGUAUGCAUGCGUUCGAAUCAGUAUACAACCACACCAAGAGUUCCGGUCAAGAGGUGGAUGUUAAAAGGCUUCUACAGUAAGAAUCGCCUUUUUUUAAAUCUUUUAGAACGAACGGUCGAAUUCUUGUACAUAGAUUGUUCGUCGUUUUUGGUAGGCAGGGGAGAGCUAGAGUCGUAGCAGCGGUGUUAGCGCAGUUGGUUUGGUACAUAGCGGUUAAAUCUGUUGAAGAUUUGUGUAUGAAAUGCACCAGAGCUACGAGUUUCGAAUUACUUUAUUAGUACUUUUGUCACAAAACAUUUGAUAUGGUAGUUCUUUGUUAUCUAAUUAUCUUUUAAGUUUUAAGUGAUGGUUUCUUAUCAUUA